CGUUGUCUCGUGUGUGUUUGCAUGCAUGCGUGCUGUUCUCGUGUGCAUUUGUUGUGCUUGUGAGUUACAUUCCAACUCCGUGCUGCGAUAACAACACCACCAAACAGCCAUGUCGGCCAAGCCUGGAGGUGCCAAGUUCUUUCACCAUGUGCUCAAGUCUCCAAAGCACAUUGUCGCACCAAUGGUGGACCAGAGCGAGCUGAGCUGGCGCCUGCUGGCUCGCGCGUAUGGCGCACACCUGUGCUAUACACCCAUGCUGCACUCUGGUGUGUUUGUGAGGGACGCCAACUACCGCAAACUGAACUUCACCACGUGCGCCGAGGAUCGCCCCCUCAUCGUCCAGUUUUGUGGCAACGAUCCCGACACGGUUCUGGAGGCAGCUAAGUAUGUGGAGGACAAGUGCGAUGCUGUGGACUUGAACCUCGGAUGCCCCCAGAACAUUGCUCGUCGCGGUCGAUACGGUGCCUUCUUGCAGGAUGAAUGGGAUACCAUCUCUGCCAUUGUGAAGCGUUUGCACGCGGAACUGAGCGUCCCCGUGACGUGCAAGAUUCGCAUCUUUGAUGAUCUGGAUAAGACGCUCGCGUAUGCGCGCAUGCUGGAAGAAAGUGGCUGCCAGCUGCUUACGGUGCACGGGCGAACGCGAGUGCAGAAGGGCCCUCGUUCCGGCCUUGCAAACUGGGAUUACAUCAAAGCCAUCAAGAACGCGGUGAGCAUCCCUGUUGUCGCCAACGGCAACAUCCUGUACACGUCCGACAUUGACAAGUGCAUCGAGUACACGGGGGUGGACGGCGUCAUGUCUUCAGAAACGCACUUGGUGAACCCUGCGGUGUUCUCUGGACAGUACCCGCUGCUGUGGGAGAUGGUUGAUGAGUACAUGGGGCUGGCUCUCAAGCACGGCGAAUCUGUCGCCUGCUGCAAGGCCCACCUCUUCAAGCUCUACCACAAAUGCGUGAACGACUACCCGGACCUGCGGACCGACCUUGCCAAGGCGCGAUCGCACGAUGAUCUGCUUGCCGUCGCCGCCGCCCUCAACGAAAACCUCAGGCGCCGUCGCGAUGAGGAGAUGAAGCAGGGCCUGUGGACAGAGGAGCACGACACGGAGACGGCGGCCCUCCACGCGCUGCCGUCCUGCUCGCCAGACUUUGAGCACCCCCGCAUCCCCGUCUGGCGCUGCCAGCCCCGCCCCCGCAACCACAACUCGGACAAGGCGCUGCUUGAGCGCGAGCCGGGGCCACGUGCGAAGCAGCAGAAGCCGCAAAAGUCUAAGGCAGCGGGCGGCGAGAAGUCGGGACCACGGGCCGCCUCCGACGCUGCCAAUGGUGAUGAUGAUCAUGAUGAUGAUGAUGAAUCCAAUGCUGCAAAGCGACCGCGUGCAAUGGAUGAGCAGCGCGCUGCACAGCGCAAACGCCAGCAGCAGCUCAACGCCAUGCGAAAGAACCGGUACAAGCGGUGUGGCCUGUGCAACGGCAACCCGUGCGGCAAGAAGUGA